ACAAACCUACAAAUUUAAUUCACGCAUGAAAUCACCAACCACAUCCCAUUUCUUUCUCACAUUCUUCAUCUUUAUAUAACUCACUUCUCAUCUCAUCUCCUCUCUUAUUUAUUACAAACACCAAACCACUCCUCAUUCAUAUUCAUUUCACCACCCUCUCUUUCCUCUUCACACCCCUCCCUCUCACAAUGGGAAAGAAACAUUUGAAACUAUCCUCACUUUUCAAAACCACACCAAGAAACCAACAUCCAUGGCAAUUCUUACCUUCUUGUAACCACCAUCCAAAGACUCUCUCCUUUCGAACUCCCGGUGGCGACGAUGACAUAUUCAAAACAGUUAACUCCGUUUUCUUCGACCAAAUCGAAACACCGAAGUCAUGUUUCACAACAACCUCGUCUGGUUCCGCGAGCUUCUCGACAGAAUCAGACGAGUAUUAUUGCUACAACGACGGAGAAUUGUUGGAGACAUUGGUACGAGGAGUUAAAUCCGAGAGGUCUUCUGAGAGACUGUUUUUCGAAGCCGAAGACACGAGUUCGAUCUUGGAAAAGGCGAAGGCGGACGGCUUUCCGUUUAAGGAAAGUGUUGUAUUGGCUUUGGAGUCAGAUGAUCCUUAUGAGGAUUUCAAGAGAUCAAUGGAGGAGAUGGUUGAGUCACAUGGUGUGAAAGAUUGGGAAGGUUUGGAAGAACUUUUGAGUUGGUAUUUGAGAGUUAAUGGGAAAAAUAAUCAUGGGUUUAUCGUUGGUGCUUUUGUUGAUUUGUUGAUUAGUUUAACAGGUUCUAAUGAUUCUAGUAACUCUUGUUCUGAAUUAACUUUGUAUUCUUCUGCGGUUUCUUCUUUUGCUUCUUCACCAACUUUGUAUUUAUCUGAGGGACAGAAUGAGAUUACUGAGAUUGAAGAUAAUAAUAAUAAUAAUGUAACAGAUUCUUAGUAUUGUAGAUUAGAUUAGAUGUAGUUUUAACUUUUUUUUUUUUGUUGGUGUUGGUGUUGUAUAGUAUGUAGAUUGAAAAAAGUUAAUGAGAAUUAAAUUAUGAUGA